CUACGGCUAGCAGAAACAAUCACUUCUCUCAUCACCAAUCAAAGAAAAACAAUGAAACGCGUUCAUGUUAUGCUUAUACCAUAUCCGGCGCAGGGCCACGUGAUUCCCCUUAUGGAACUUGCGCUCCAUUUAGUAAACUAUGGCUGCAAGGUUACAUUCGUCAACGCUCAGUUCAUUCAUGAACGAGUUAUCAAAGCAUUAUCGUUGACAGACAAUAUACAAGAAAUCAUACAAAUGGUUUCAAUCCCAGAUGGAUUAGAAUCACCUGACGACAGAAGUGAUCUCGGAAAAGAGAUAGAAUCAGUUUCUGCUGUCAUGCCGGGUGAGCUCAUGGCACUUAUUGCACAAAUGAAUAAUUCAGAAAGUGAUAGAAUCUCCUGUUUAAUUGCCGAUGUCACCAUGGGAGGGGCUCUGGAAGUUGCAGACAAAAUGGGUAUCAAGAAAGUAGCUUUCUGGCCGGCAGCAGCCACUCAAUUUGCGCUGCUGUUUAAAGUUCCAAACCUUAUUGAUGAUAGAAUUAUAGACAGUGAUGGAAUGCCAAUGCAAAACAAGAUAAUUUAGUUUUCACCAGAUAUGCCUGCCAUAAACACCGCGGAACUCAGUUGGAACUGCAUUAUCGGUGAACUUACAGCAAAAAUCGUUUUCAAACUUGGGGUACAAAUUUUAAAGUGGGUGAAAUCAGCAGAUAGGAUGAUUUGCAACUCAUCUAACUGGUUGGAGUAUGGGACAUUUGCCUCAUUUCCAGACUUUAUACCUAUAGGCCCUCUUUUGGCAUGUAAUCGGCUUGGAAAAUCAGUAGGAAACUUCUGGAAAGAGGACUCAGGUUGUCUGGCAUGGCUUGAUCAACAACCCCCUAAUUCUGUCAUUUAUGUUGCAUUUGGGAGUUAUACAAUAUUUGAUCAGAAUCAAUUCGAGGAACUGGCAA